UCCCUCAUUCCGCUCGUUGUGUCACUUACAGGUUUGUUCUUCUUCCUCCUAUAGCGAGGUUUUUGUUUUGUUUUUGCUUUAUCUGGAUAGUAUUUAGCUUCUAAACAUCUGUUAAGUGUUUUAUGUUCACUCUCAGUGACUGUUUUAAUUCAGCACACGUUGUAAUUACGUUUCUCGGCUUUAAAUGAAGGUCUCGGAGAUCGCGGAGUGAUACGAGAGAUAUGAAGUAGCGCAUCGUUAACUCGUGAUUAUGAGGAGAUAUUAGGACGCUAUAUUUGUGAUUCAGGGAGACCCGUAUAAAGCCUUUGUUUGAUUAAACAUCUGCAUUUAAGUCUCUCAUAUUAAUAAUCUAAUCAAUUAAUGUAAUUAUUCUCAUAUUGGAGUGUCCAGUCCGUAUAAAGUGAAGUGUUUCUGUUCCCUCACUGUUAUUUCCGCGGCGAUGGAGAGCAACAUGAUCACUGAGGUGAGCCUGGGUGUCUGUGACCCGUCCGCCGGACAGCCUCACCGGGCGGCUCUGAUUCUGGCCCGCGGCGGCAGUAAAGGAAUCCCUCUGAAGAACAUCAAGAAUCUGGCCGGUGUUCCUCUCAUCGCGUGGGUUCUGAGAGCUGCCUUGGAUUCAGAAGCCGUCGACAGCGUGUGGGUUUCCACAGAUCAUGAUGAGAUCGAGCGCGUCGCAAGAGUCUGGGGCGCAAAAGUUCAUCGGCGCAGUCCUGAAGUUUCCAAAGAUUCGUCCAGCUCACUGGAGACCAUCCAGGAGUUCAUCCGACUGAGACCCGGUGAGACACACCUUGAGCCAGUUUUAUGCAUCUCAAACAUAAAAAUUAGAUGAACAUUACAAACCAUG